CAGCGAGAAGGUCCUAAAGAACAGGCCAAGCUCUGAAAGGGAGGUCCUCCGUCUCUUAAUAGGCGGUACCUGGCACCAAGCAUCUUAGUACCAAGCCCAGGAGUCCUGGAUUGGAUUGGAUUUGGUGCCACUCAAGGUUCAUGGCCUGGUCGUACGGUGCAAAUCAAACUACCAUCCAUCCAUUUCUCUUUUCCAUUUCUUUCUCAUAUAGCCCACCACGCCCAUACCUUACUUCCUUCCACUCUGGCUCUUGCUCUUGAUGCUUUAGUAAUUUCGUUUCUUUUCUCGUCUCAAAUCUUUCCCUUUUCUCUCCUUUCCUCCAUCAGGAGUCAACCUCCUAGAAGCAGACAGACCGUGGGAUCGUCUAUUCUAAUAAAAAGAAACGAAUCUGCCUAUCAGCGAGCGAGCGCAAGAUAGACGAGUCUUAUCGCCUCAACGACUCCGGAUACCACCCGCCGAAUUGGUUGUUCUUUCAUUCACCGAAAAUCUCCGUCUUACGAGCGCCUAGAAAGCAAAAGCAAUUACAUUGUUCGAAGAUUGCCGUUGUGAGACGAUUGUGACUUUUGUUUCUGUCUGUGGAGAAGUGAUUCUGGGCCAACUUACCCAAAGUGAGUGAUGACCAAGGGCCAGCAUCACAUCGCGCAUUGCUAAAAAGCAAAGCCAGAAACAUCACAGCCCGACCUGUCGCAAAUCGCAACCGGCCGCAAGCGACCUCGCACAGUUAAACGUUUAUUCCUCAGAAAAGCGGUGCCGCACAAUUGUCUCUUCACCCUUUUCGCCCCGACAUCCUGUUUUCUCCCUCUUCUGAUUGGGUUUGAUUUUGUUCUUGCAGUCAACCGGUGCUUGACCUUAUCACAUAGCCCAUUACGAUCGCGGAGUCUUUACCUCGAUUUGCCGUUCUGGAAAUUUUUGACGUCGCAUGGAUUCCCGCCCCUUACUCUUUAAGUUCAGCCGCCCUUGACCAGCAAUUCCUCGAUCACCCAGAACCGUCGAACCAGUGCUUGUCUUACAACACAAUAACCAGAGACACCGCGAAGAAAAGGUGUCUUAUUUAAAUGUUUCGCAGAUUACGGAAAAACCAGGAUCACAAUACUACAUCGAGUCAAGGACGGGACGACGACAAGGCAAUUGCCACAAAUCUUCGAGAACUUGGCUUGGUUGGCUCACGCGCAUCCAGUCGAAGACCCCGAACUGGCACAGACUCCAAACCUUUUACAGAAGGACAGUCCAUUAAAGCCAAAUCUCUCCGCGGGCAAGACUCAGUCUCCUCCGCUGGCUCAGUGAGGUCAGGCGUUAGCAACGCUUCCCGUCGAGUUGGCAGUAUCGACAACAACGUCAUGGCUACUAACGCUGAUAGAAGUCGCUCACGACGAGAGCGCACAUUUGUGGGAAGCGAAUGUGCAGUGUGUGAAGAGCCGCUUGAACACACUCUACGCGGCGAGCGCAUCCUACAAUUUUCUUGCUCUCACGUCUCCCACGAGGCAUGCUUCUAUGAAUUCAUUCGCGAAUUCGAGUCACAAUAUUGCCCGACAUGUGACGCACCCCUCCACUUAGACACAAGUCGAGGAGGAAACGUUAUAGAUAUUGAGAAGAUUAGCAACAUGGUGCGUUCGGUCGGUACCGAUUCGAGGUCCGCUAUGACGCCAACACCAACAGCAACCCCUUGGGAUAACCAGCCAGCUCGAGCUCCCAGUGUCGAGAGCAAUCAAAGGCGUCCUAUGCAGCAACAACACGUCGGAGGCCGUGACAGCGUUGCUCGAGGUAGUAUGAGGGAUAGUCGAGAUGCCCCACUAUCAGAUCGAUAUGGUCCUUCGAGGCAUGCUCGAAGUGACAGUGAAGCCACAGGAGUUGCAUCAUCCGGCGGAUAUCCUGAGACAACACAAAGCGGACCUGCCAGACGCCAUGACUACGAUGUCCAAGCGAUGGAGACAACACCUGCAAGCCCUAGACCAAUGACCCGCAACCCUAUUCCGGCGCCGAUUGUCACUGUUCGCUCAGAGUUCCCAACAUUAAACCGGUCACGACAACAACAGACCCUUACAUGUCUGGUUACUGUCGAGGUGCCUGAUAAUAAUUGGAGGCCGGAUCCUGAAGAUUUGGGUGCUGCAGCUCCUCUGCCUCCUCCUACCACCAACCGUGCUGAGGAGGCAUAUGGCCGCCCACCAUCUCCAGCUCGCAGUGCGCCUCGUUUCUACCCAUAUGAAUCCACGGAGGUUUUGGAAGAGAUGACCGAUAGUCUGCGCAACCGCGUUGAUAAUUGGCACGGGCUGGACUUUAGCAGAUUCGGAAAAUUGAGGCUCUAUGGUACCCUCAGGGUGGGUAAGGAUAAAGUCUCAUGGCAGGAGUUGGAAUGUUUCCUCUUCGCUGAGAUGCUCAUUUGCGUUAAGGAGAAGAAAAUCCCUCAAGCACAACAGUGGGAUGAGAAUGGCGCUCCGCGCAAGACAACUCGAUGCACUCUCAAGGGCUCAAUUCUUAUUAAGAAGCACCUGAAUGAAGUAUCAGAGACGGGAAAUAUCGAUGAAAAUAUCCUGACACUCAGCCUCUCGGUUGCUGAAUUACCACAGUUCCAUCUCCGUUUCGAGAACCGCAAUCAAUUGAAGUUGUGGCAGCAAGCUCUUCUUGACCUUAACGCUGUUGAGACAUCUCCUGUACGCAGUCCCGAAUAUGAUCGCGGCGAGUCAGAAACUGACGAGGAACUUGAGUGGCAGCGUUCGCGCCCACAGAGAGUCUCUUCGGUUGCAUCCUCCUGGGGUGGCGCGAGAUCAACGACGACAGCACCCACCGACUAUACGAACUUCCCCAGAAGCCCUGCCAUGGCGAAGUCGGUCCAUGUACCCAUUGAUGUCGUCGUCGUCGUGCCCAUUUCUUCUUCUAUGCAGGGCGUCAAGAUCAACCUGGUCCGAGAUGCCCUGAAAUUUAUGGUAAACACACUUGGCGAGCGUGACCGUAUGGGACUGGUCACUUUCGGUUCAGGCGGCGGCGGCGUGCCUAUCGUUGGCAUGACUACCAAGGCCUGGCCGGGCUGGAGCAAUAUCCUGACAUCCAUCAAGCCGGUUGGCCAAAAGAGCCAUCGCGCUGAUGUCGUGGAGGGCGCCAAUGUUGCGAUGGAUCUGCUCAUGCAAAGAAAGUACAACAACCCUAUCGCAUCUAUCAUGUUGAUAAGCGAUGCGUCUACCUCAGACGCUGAUAGCGUUGAUUUCGUCGUGUCCCGAGCUGAAGCUGCUAAAAUCACCAUCCACUCAUUUGGCCUCGGGAUGACACACAAGCCUGAUACCAUGAUCGAGUUGUCAACAAGAACAAAGGCUUCUUAUACUUAUGUUAAGGACUGGAUGAUGCUCCGAGAAUGCCUCGCUGGAUGUCUAGGGAGCAUGCAGACCUUGUCUCAUCAGAACGUCAAGCUUAAGCUCAAGCUGCCCGAGGGUUCUCCUGCCAAAUUCCACAAGAUUAGUGGUGCCCUGCAAAUUACGAAGCGAGCUACGGGCAGAGAUGCGGAAGCAUCCCUCGGCGAUCUUCGAUUUGGGGACAAGCGUGAUGUUCUUGUACAACUUGUCAUUCUUCCUGACAAUACUUCCCAAGAACAACUCCCUCAAGAUCCCUGGGAUAAUAUUGUCUCGGGUCUCGAAGCACUGGGCGGCCCUAUGGACAACGACAAUGAAAGAACUCUCUCUGUCGAAGAGGUUCCAUUGAUCCAAGCAGACCUUAGCUGGGGGGAUAUCCUGCGCGAGGGUACUGUCACACAUAUGCCUCGGCCAUCUCUUCUGGCCAUCACCAUGCUUCCAGUCAGCGGAGGAUCCAAGAAGGCAUGGCAGAAUUCCCCUCCCAUCCCUCCUCACCCAAGUAUUGUUCAGCGCCGUAUGGAGCUCCUCACUUCUGACAUGCUUACCCGUGCUCUCACCCUGGUCAGCCGCGGCCAACACGACCGUGCCCACACACUAUUGAAUGAGACUCGAUCAAUUCUGAAGGGUCUCGGAAAAGGUGGACUCCCCCCCAUCCCCCCUCCAAGCAAGUCGACUCCUUCGGCUCCCUCUACUCCCCAUCCCGCGAACGACGCUUCGCCAGGUCAAUCAACCACUCCCGAUCGCAAACGCAGCCCUUCACCGCCUGCUUCGGCAAUCUCUGGUGUAAAUGGCCUCCCCUCCUCGCAAUUGGGCCGUAGCCGAUCUAACGAUGGCCUUGGACUUGGUGCUGGAAUUGACGCCAAUACUGUCGCAGCCCUUGAUGCUGAAUUAGAGAGCAGUCUGGAGUGGAUCAACCAUCCUGCUGUUUUCAGUCGCGACAGUAGAAAGGCCGUCCUGCAGGCAAUCGGUGUAAUAAGCUCCCAGCGAGCUUUCACGUACCGCACCCCUAUCGAGGGGCUAUGGGCUUGCCGCGUUAGCGGUGUCAAGAAGCUCACGGAGAAGAGUCGAGAAUGGCGUGAGGAUGGUGGCGGCGAGGGCGGAAUCACAGAAGAAUCUUGAUCUUCAUAAUCAUUAUCGCCCAUUUCCUCUUUCUUCAUUUACUGUCAUAGCCGAAAUAGCGCUCUGGUUCUAUUUUCAGCAUGACUAACGACCGAUCAUGACCAAAACAUUCAGAUGCUUCCCACGCUAUUACACAUGCAUUUGUUGCUACUGCUACUUUAUACUCGCUACUUGCUUUCUUCAGUCGAUGAAGGGAUGCAUUAUCUCUUCCGGCUUCCCUCUGGAAUUGUUCGAUACCCCUGGAAUCUACCAACUAUCUGGCGCACAUUCGACCUUAUGCUCGUAGUAUAUACCUGCUUCAUCAUCUUGCAUUAAUAGAUCUUUUUCUGAUUCGCUGCAAUCGGUCAAAUCCAACUUUACCUGUGUCCUGCGAUAUUGCCUCGAUGAUGUUCCAUGGUUCGCAUUUACUUGUGGAGUAUGUUGGAAAACAGCCUGUUACACUCCUGUCUUCUGCUGGUCCUUUUGCAUAAUGGGGUCUACUGAUGUGCUGGACAACCUUUUUCUGCCUUUCAUAUACUGCGUUUCUGGAUUAUCUGCACAUGUAAAUAGUCAUAAGCGGGAAGGGACUUAACGAAGUCGAUGCAUGAAAAUACUUAACUUGAUAUUUUACUGUUAUGACCAUUAAUUAGAAGCGACAAUCUGAGCUGUCUCGUAAACCUCCUGCCUGUUUGUUUUCGACAAUAAAUGGGGGUUAGAAAUCACUGCCUUGCAUGAAGGACCCUCCUCAUCCGCAAUAGCUUUGUCAUAGCAUCUGAAUUGGUU